AUGCAGGGCAAUGGUGGUAUACAUAAUGAUGAGCCUGAGUUGUAUUCUGGCUCAAGAUGCAAUACCAUUUAUGUGGAUUCCACUGCAAACUCUCAGCUUGGAGCUACAGGGCAUGGUUCUGAAUGUGAAAGCCCCCUUCUUGUUGAGAAAGUAGAAAAGAAAGAAAGAGAUCAGGACCCUCGACCAACUGACACCUUGUCUUUUGACAAAGUAGAGAAUUGGCUACAGUUCACCUGCUCUGCCAAUGGCUUGCCAUCUCUGUCUCCUUAUAUUCCAGAAUCAUCAGACUCAGAUCACAAUGAUACUCUUACAUUGCUUAAUUGUGUGGAGUCUGCAAGAGCCAUUAUGGAAGGAAGAGAGAAAAGAAGAAGAGCAACAAAUUGGUGGAGUAGGGGAGGAAAACAUGAAGAGGAAGAAGGAGAGAAGCAGAUCUCAAGACGAGAUGGGGCAAAGAAAGACUACAAAGUUGAGAAAUGGCUGAAGGUUGUCUGCGCUGCUAAGGGCUUGUCUGCUGGGGAAUUGACAUCAUUUCUGUCUUGUAAUGUUCCCUCAAGUUUAGAUGCAGCUCAUAACGAUGAGCUUUCAUUGCUAAAGGGUGUAGAGACUGUAAGAGUUAGAUUACCAGGAAGAGGAGAAAGAGAGAGAGAUGCAAAAUCUUCUUACAGUGGAGAGAAAAAUGAUGUCCGACCUUCCCAAAGCAACCAUCAAGACGUGGCAAAGCAGGCAGAGGCUUGAGCUGCCAUAAGCAAUCAUGAAGAAAAAUUCAUCACAAUGAAAACUUAGUUUGUGUUAUUUAAUUUGUAAACACAUCGAGCGUCUCUCCCAACUAUCCGCGUGCAUUCUGAAUUGGAUUAUAGAACGCUAGACAUUGUCCAUUCCUUAACUUUUCCAUGAUAUAUUAGCCAAUCAGAGCGCGCGUUAGAAUGUCGCUAUGUUAAAAUAUAGGAUGCAACAGACAAUUUUGAAAACAUGUACUUUCGUACCCGAGUGUCAUUAGAGUUAAAAUGUGUUAAAGACGUUGUUA